AUGGUAAGCAUUACAGCUUCUUAUACUGUGAUUCCACGAGAAUCAACUCCACAAGGUUUUUUAUGGCUUUCUGAUUUAGAUCAAGUCGCACGUUUCCGCCACACACCAACUAUAUACAUUUACAAACCAAAACAGAACCCAGAAAAUGCCAUUGAAACCUUGAAAAACUCUCUCUCCAGAAUUCUAGUUUACUACUAUCCUAUGGCUGGUAGAUUGUUUUACACGGAAGGUGGUAGAUUAGAAUUGAAUCUGAAUGCAAAAGGUGCUAUUUUGCUUGAAGCUGAAAGCAAUAAAAGCAUUCAUGAUUAUGGUGACUUUUCACCUUCAGACUCAACCAGAGAGCUUGCUCCAUUAUUCGAUUAUAAUGGAGUGAUUGAAGAAAUUCCAUUAUUUGCUGUGCAGCUGACAAGGUUCAAAAACAAUGAAGGCUUUGCAAUUGGAGUUUCUUUUUCGCAUAUCUUAUCAGAUGGACUUGGAGCCAUUAGAAUGAUGAACUCAUGGGCCAAAAUAGCUAGAGGAGAAACACUUGAAGAUAAUGAGUUACCCUUUUUUGAUAGAACAUUACUCAAGUUCUCACACACCCCAUUGGCACCGCGUUUUGAACACAUGGAGUUAAAGCCUCUUCCACUCAUUCUAGGAAGACAAGACGCAAAUGAAGAAGGAGAGAAAAAAACUUCAGCAACAUUGUUGAGACUGUCACCAGAACAAGUUGAUAAGCUGAAGAAAAAAGCUAAUGGAAAUGGAAAUGAAAAUGAUAUUCUGGCAAUGAAGAAUAAAGGGUCAAGGGGUUUUAGUAGAUAUGAAGUAAUUAGUGCACAUAUAUGGAAAAGUGCAUCUAGGGCACGUGAGCUUGAAGAGAAUCAAGAGAGUGUUGUUAGAUUCAUUGUAGAAAUCAGAAAUAGAAUAAUUCCAAAUCUUCCUGAGAAUUAUUUUGGGAAUGCUUUGAUUCAAACAGCUACAAAAGGAUUGAUUGGAGAAAUCAGAUCAAAGCCUUUGGGUUAUGUAGCACAGAAGAUAAGGGAAGCAGCUGAGAUUGUAACAGAUGAAUUAAUAAGGUCACAGAUUGAUGUUAUUAGGGGAUUUCAACAUUUGGAUGAUGCAAGGGCUUUGUAUUUAGGUGAUGAAGGUAAGAAUAUUCCAUUUUUGGGGAACCCUAAUUUUCGUAUAAAUAGUUGGAUGAGUAUGCCUCUUUAUGAAGCUGAUUUUGGAUGGGGAAAGCCUGCUUACUUUGGAAUAGCUCGUUUGUAUCCACAUGAUAGGGCAUUCAUUCUUCUCACUCCUGAUGGAGAUGGAUCUAUUCUUGUGUGUUUGCAUUUUCAGAUUGCACAUUUGGAGCUUUUCAAAAAGUUCUUUUAUGAGGACAUUUGA